GUGUGCGCGCGUGUGCGCGUAUGUGUGCGUGCGCUCCGCGCCUGUAAUUUGCAGCAGAUGACCACUUGGGGGGGAGGACGCGCAUUUGGAGAGGUGAACGUUGCCUCGCCAGGAAUUCCUCCUCAGAGUCGCCCGCCUCACUUCUCGCUCGAAGCAAGGGGAGCGCGAGGCGCGUCGCUUCAUGACUCUGCUGCUCUGCUGACUUUCGCUGCCUGAUUCGCGCUUCUCCCAAAAUGUGAGUUGCGCCCCGAGCCACACGCACGCACGGCGCCGACGCAACACGGUGAUGAUGCCGGUGAGGCGACUGCGCUGAGCGGCGCGGAAUGCGUGCGGCGUCGGCGGCUCCUUCGCCUUCCUCUCCGCCGCGGCGAUGGCGCGCGUGCUGCCCCUCUGCUUUGUGCUCGCGUGCGGCGCACUGUGCGCGGGGGCCGUCUGUCCCGAGCGCUGCGACUGCCCGCACGCGCGGCACCUCCUGUGCGCGAACCGCGGGCUGCGCGCGGUGCCCAGGACGCCCGCGCGGGACCUCGACGACGUGCUCGUGUUCAGCCUCGGCGGGAACUACAUCCACAACAUUAGCGCGCUCGACUUCGCGCGCUUCCGGGGCUUGAAGCGGCUGGACCUGCAGUACAACCAGAUCCGCGUCAUCCACCCCAGGGCGUUCGAGAAGCUCUCCAAGCUCGAGGAGCUCUACCUGGGCAACAACCAGGUGUCGGCCAUCGCGCCAGGCACCUUGCGGUCGCUGAGCAAGCUGCGCGUCCUCUACGGCAACAGCAACGACAUCAGGAAGGUCGGGGCGGAGUGUUUCGGCAACCUGCGGAGCGUGGUGAAACUGCGCCUGGACAGCAACGCCAUAGAGGUGCUUCCGGACGCCGUCUUCGGCGGCUUGUCCGGUUUGCUCUACCUGCACCUGGAGUCCAACAAGGUGAGGCUCAUCCACGGAAGCGCCUUCCGCAAGCUGCACGGCCUCCGCUUUCUCAACCUCUCCGGCAACAAGCAGAGGAGCCUCCGAAACAUUUCCACCUUCGCCUCCCUCGGCUCCCUCACCACGCUGCUCCUCUCGGACAACGAGAUCCAGUACGUGGGCGACCGCGUCUUCCAGAGCCUGCGCAAGCUCACCAAGCUGUCCCUCAGCAACAACAGAGUACGUCGCCUGGAACCCGAGGCCCUCGAGGGGCUGUCGGCCCUCCGGGAGCUGCUGCUCGACGGCAACGAGCUCUCCGACGUCCCGCCGCGGCUCCUGGACCCCCUGCAGAGCGUGGAGGUGCUGGACCUGAGUCGCAACCGUAUCUCCAGCGUGGAGCCGACAGCUUUUCAACAGCUCGGACACUUAAAGGUGUUAAAGCUGGAGAAGAACCAGCUGAGCAGCCUUUCCGGGGGAGUCUUUGCCCUCAACGGCGCCCUCCAUAACUUGUAUUUAAAUGACAACGACUGGACGUGUGACUGCCGGCUGCUGGAGUUCAAGCGGUGGAUGAACGAGGCCCACGCUCAGGGGAGGCUCCUCACCGUGUUCGUCCAGUGUCAGCACCCCGGUGCUCUUAAGGGCAGGUACCUGGACUACCUGAACGGUUCGCAGCUGCAUCCCCCGGGGAACAGCUCCCACCAGCCCUGUGAGGCGCCGCAGCCGGCCGAGAGCCUCGCCGGGGGGCUUCUGGAGAGCCCCUUCCCGGGGGUGGGGCUCAGUAUCCAGGCCGACCAAGGAGGCUCUGGACAGCCAAAGAAAUCCCACGCGGAGAAGAACAAGCGGAAGAAGCCGGUCCCGAGGACAGGGUCGUCCACAGGGGAUGCCGGGACAGCAGACAGAGGAAGGGCGUUGUCCUCGUCACCUGGAAAUGCCUCCAAAAAAGGUCAGCUGCCAACAAAGAGCCCUUUCGCGGCACCAAAGUGGCACGCUGUCGACCACCCCGUUUCGACUGUGUCAUCCCCCAUCCCAGACAGGGCAGAGACCUUUGACCUCUUGCAGCAGGACCACGUGGCUCUUGCCCAGGUGACUGACCCAUGCCAGUUCAACCGACACUUCAUUGUCAAUGUCACGGUGCACGAGGUGUCCUCUAGCACGGCCACCAUCCGCUGGUCCAUCCGGGAGCACGGCGACGUGCCCGACGUCCACUUCCGGGUCCUGUUUGACCGCUUUGGCCAGGCUGUCCGCUUCCCUCGCUUUGUGUAUGUGCAGGACAGGGGGCGCAUGGUCACGCUUCACGAGCUGGUCUCCGGUGCCACCUACCUGGUGUGCGUGGAGGGCGUUGUGGAUGGAGCCGUGUGCCAGGUGGCCUCCCGGGACCACUGCACGGGUGUGGUCACCUUGCACGCGGGGCGCAGCGGCGCCGACCUCCAGUUAGUCACCAUGGUGAUGCUCGGGGUGAACGCCCUGCUGCUGCUGCUGGUGGGUGCAGCCUGGGCAGGCCGCUACCUCAGACGGAGGCUUCGGCACAGGAAGUCCGCCGUGCACGUCCGCCACAUGUACUCUACGCGCCGGUCACUCCGCACCAUGGCACCUGCUGUCUCCAAUGACUUCACCAGCUACCAGACCGGUCGGCCCCGGAUGUGUCCCAUCGACGAGGGAGACCUGAUCGAGUUCCCCUGCGAUCGUUUCCUUGACAGCAGCGGUACGCGAAGGGACGAAGCCUCGCAAAGGUUCCCAGACUAGAGUGCGGCUCGUAGGAAUUGCCCGCUUGUUGAACGGGGCCCAUAUGGUGUUUCCACGAGUAAGAGAUAAGAUGUUCGACUCAGAACCCGAAAAGCGUUAUUGAGAUUUUCUUUAAAAAAUGCUGUCAACCAAACUCCGUCAUAUGCGGUUUAAAAACCGACGUGGUGCGUGUUGUGAGUUUUCCGUCCGCCUCUGUUCAAGACAUUAUGAGCUAGUUGAAAUUCAGAGGGAAGGGGAAGACAUUUCCUGUUGCGCACUUCCUUUUAGCCCUCGGUACUUCCUGGCACCUGGGACUUGUUCUCACGGUGUUG